ACACAUAUUUCUUUACUAAAGAGCAUGGCCAAGAGUGGGAAGGGGCCCAAGGGCAAGAAGAUCACCCUCAAUGUGGCCAAGAAUUGUAUCAAAAUCACCUUCGAUGGGAGAAAACGCCUCGACUUGAGCAAGAUGGGGAUUACCACCUUCCCGAAGUGUAUUCUGAAACUCACCGACAUAGACGAGCUUGAUCUUAGCCGGAAUAUGCUCAAGAGAAUCCCUGAUUCAAUCUCCAAGUUCCAGAACCUACGGUGGCUGGAUCUGCACAGCAACUACAUCGAUAAGCUCCCCGAGUCCAUCGGCCAAAUGACGAGUCUGCUCUUCCUCAAUGUCAGCAACAACAAGCUGACCACCAAUGGGCUGCCCGUGGAGCUCAACCAGCUGAAGAACAUCCGCACCGUGAACCUGGGCCUGAACCACCUGGACAGCGUGCCCACCACACUGGGUGCUCUGAAGGAGCUCCACGAGGUCGGGCUCCAUGACAACCUGAUCACUGCCAUCCCCACGAGCAUCUCCAAGCUCCCCAAGCUGAAGAAGCUCAACACCAAGCGGAACCCCUUUGUCCAGCCGGAGGAGACGGAUGCAUUCAUAGAUUCCAUCAAGAGGCUGGAAAACUUAUAUCUGGUGGAGGCGAAGGAUCUGUGCGGGCCUUGCCUGAAGAAAUGUCAACAGGCCCGAGACAAGCUGAACAAAAUCAAGAGCCUCGUCACGACAACAUCGAAAAAGAAUGUUUUUAGCAAUUUCAUCGCGCCCAACUCCACGGCCAAGGAGACCCAGGAAGAGUGGAGGUGACCUUGUACCCUGACCCUGAGGCAGGAAGGGAGCAGGGAGGGAGGAAAGAUGGCGAUGGGCUGCUUCCACAGAAAAUUGAGAGAUUACCUGCAAUAGUGCUUUCGGCUAAGUCCAUAAAAUGCUUCCCUACCAUCUUGCUUGUGAUUUUGUUGACUGAAGGGCUUUCAGUUCUUUGUCAUUGUCUCUCGGCAUGUGCACCCGCACACAUACAGGCAUAGGAGUAAGGAAAGGACUGACAGCUCACUCCGCUCCAGAGCUCUCCUCCUGCCACAGCCCCGUGGCCCGGCAGCUGAGACACCACACUCUUAGCUUCAUCACCGUGCACUUCGGGACUAGCCACCAGCUUUCCUUGUGGGGCUUGUUCUAUGGAGCUGCUCUGGGUCAGAGCCUCAAAGAUCAGAGGCAGCAAGGAGGCAGAGCGACAUUUAGCUUGGGAAGGGAGCAAAGCAGAACUAGGAAGAUAUUAUCAUUAAGUAUGGGCAACAUCUUGAGCUCAGAGCAGUUCUCUCUCUCUCUCUUUCUCUCUCUCUCUCUCUUUCUGUUUGCAUCAUCUGCUCUAGGCGUGUUCUCUCCACUCAGCCUGCAAGCCCUGGGCUGUGAAUGAGGAAGCUCCACUCCCCUCUUACUCCGCCCAAUUCUUUCCCAGUCUCUGGUGGGAGGAAGGAAAGAACGGCUGUAGGUAUGGGUUAGUAUGGUCAGUAAGUAAGUACCUUACCAACCCUGUUCUUGGUGCAGGGACUGUAUCUGUAGGGCAAAGCGUGGCUCACCCUGGCCACCUGUAGGGAAGACACACUAAAAGCAGACAGACAGAGGAAGACAGGCUCUCGGACCAUGCGGUGUGCAUGGCUGGCUUGGCAGAGAGAAAAUCAAAAGCUGCAGUUGGCCAGAACAAGGUUCAGGGCAGCUCUUUCUCUGUCUUUUCCCUGGGUUCUUACUUAGCUUUGGCUCCCUCAUCUGUAACAUGGGGAUGAUACGACCCCAACUCAGAACCACUGAGCACCUUCGGGGACAGCACACAGGGUAAGCAUUCAGUAGAAGUCAGUUCUCUAAGACCUGGGGCUUUGUGCGUCUCAGACCUGAAACCCACUUGGGACAGUGUCCCUCUUUGUACCAGAUCUUUGGGCAGAAAUGACAGUGGUGGAGCCAGUCCUCACGGAGUAGAGGCCUUUCUGUACCACUCACACCUCCAUAUGCCUAAAGCCAAAGUUCAAGAAAACCAUCUUCA